GAGGCACUAGCCAGCGCGGGCUUGCGUGGAAAUCUUUGUUACUCUGGCUCUCAGAUCUUCGCUUGACUCACUCCAGUCCAGUCCUAAAUAGCCUUCUACAGAUCUUCCUGGCGCUCGCAGUCCUGCCUUCCUGGUCCCUCGCCUUUUUUUUUUUUUUCUCCCUUCCCUGAAAUAUCCUUAUUCGUGCUUUUUCUCAUAUACGCCUCCGGUCCUGAGUUCACACACACUUCUGUCUCCUCACCUCUCCUCGCUCCUCCCCUCCCCUCCUUGAGCUUUCAUCCUCCGGUUUCUUUACCUCUAACACAAAUAGACUUAAAGUUAGCCUUUGAGGGGCGACCGCAGGCAAACGGUGUAGACCUUGUCUGGAUCAUACUGGAUUUAAUUCAAGAGUGGGUAGGAGGCAGUCUAGAACUCUGUAAAGGAAGUUUGAUGAUUUGGCUUCUGUCGGGUUCAGCUGUCACUCACCCAAGUAGUUUAAUCGCUCAGCCUCUCUGAGCCAUUUUCCUUUCAGUGAAGAAGGAAACUGGAUUAGGUCAACCGUAAGGCCCUCCAUCCCGGCUCCAAAUUUUUUUGUUUCCUGCAGCCUUUCACUAAACGGUUGCACGGACAUAGUCCUCUGACAAGUUGGGAACAAAGGGAAAAAAACUACCACUUAAGAAUCAUGGAUCCAGUUUACCUGCCAUUCAGAAUUGACUAAAGUUUGGAUAAGAUGAAAAUGGUUCUUUCUGAUAUUUGAUUAAGUUUCACACCAAGGUACUGGAUUCUCCUAGAUAAAAAGUGUCUAACAGUGAAAAUGGUGUAAUCUGCAUUAACAUCCCACAACGUGAAGACAUGACAGUUAAGGAACACACACGGACUUGUGGCACAAGGAAAUGUGUGCACAGAAAAAGGAAAUCUGUAAUCCUUUAAAAACUGAAAGACAUUUUUCCUCACCAAAAUGGGUACAUUCUGCUCAGUUGUCAAGUUUGAAAAUCUCCAAGAAUUAAAGAGACUUUGUCACUGGGGUCCCAUUAUAGCCCUUGGUGUUAUAGCAAUAUGUUCCACCAUGGCCAUGAUUGACUCUGUGUUGUGGUAUUGGCCCUUACAUACCACUGGAGGAAGUGUGAAUUUCAUCAUGUUGAUAAACUGGACUGUCAUGAUUCUUUAUAAUUACUUCAAUGCCAUGUUUGUUGGUCCUGGCUUCGUCCCUCUGGGGUGGAAACCGGAAAAUUCUCAGGAUAGCGUGUACCUCCAGUAUUGUAAAGUCUGCCAAGCAUACAAGGCACCACGGUCACAUCACUGCAGAAAGUGCAACAGAUGUGUAAUGAAGAUGGACCAUCACUGUCCUUGGAUCAACAACUGCUGCGGCUACCAGAAUCAUGCUUCCUUCACACUGUUCCUCCUUUUAGCACCACUGGGUUGUAUUCACGCUGCCUUUAUUUUUGUUAUGACGAUGUAUACGCAGCUUUAUAAUCGGCUCUCCUUUGGGUGGAACACGGUCAAGAUUGAUAUGAGUGCAGCCCGGAGAGACCCUCUUCCAAUUAUUCCUUUUGGAUUAGCUGCAUUUGCUGCCACCUUGUUUGCCUUGGGAUUAGCUUUAGGAACAACCAUAGCUGUUGGGAUGUUGUUUUUUAUCCAGAUGAAAAUAAUUCUCAGAAACAAAACUUCUAUUGAAUCAUGGAUUGAAGAGAAGGCUAAAGAUCGAAUUCAGUAUUAUCAACUAGAUGAAGUCUUUGUUUUUCCUUAUGAUAUGGGAAGUAGAUGGAAGAACUUCAAACAAGUGUUCACAUGGUCAGGGGUCCCUGAAGGAGAUGGACUGGAUUGGCCAAUAAGAGAAGGCUGUCACCAGUACAGCUUAACAAUAGAACAGUUGAAACAAAAAGCAGAUAAAAGAGUCAGAAGUGUCCGGUAUAAAGUGAUAGAAGAUUAUAGUGGUACCUGCUGUCCUUUGAAUAGAGGAAUUAAAACAUUCUUCACGAGCCCCUGCACUGAAGAGCCUCGGAUAAGGUUACAGAAAGGGGAAUUCAUCUUAGCCACAAGAGGGUUACGAUACUGGUUGUAUGGAGACAAAAUUCUUGAUGAUUCCGUUUUAGAAGGUGUUUCAAGAAUAAGAGGAUGGUUCCCUAGAAACUGUGUAGAAAAGUGCCCCUGCGACGCUGAAACAGAUCAAGCCCCAGAGGGCGAGAAGAAAAAUAGAUAGCCACUUUUGAAGUAAAAUUCCUCUCAGUCUGCUCCAUUACUUGAAAACUGUACAUGUUACUAAAGAAUUAUGCAAUGAGCCUA